UAUCAGAAGGAAGAACAAAAACGUGCUCUUUUUUUUCUACUUUCGAGGAUAAUAGAAAAGUUUACAGCACGUUGAUUGGAACAAUAACAGCGCGAUGUUAGUGGAACACGCGACACAAUGGGCUUGGCAAGUAAUGGGUGACACGAGAAUCGAGGUCCUUUGCACGUUUCUCGUGUUCGUAGGUGCAUUACUGAUAGCGAGGUGCUUGCAAUGGCUUAGGUAUGUGCGCGCUCUGCCUCCAGGGCCUUGGGGUGUACCCGUGUUCGGUUAUUUGCCAUUCUUGAAAGGCGACGUUCACCUCCGGUACGGCGAACUGGCAAAAAAGUAUGGUCCAAUGUUCAGUGCCCGGCUAGGAACGCAACUGGUGGUUGUUCUUAGCGAUCAUCGUACGAUUCGCGACACGUUUCGCCGGGAAGAGUUUACUGGCAGACCGCAUACCGAGUUCAUCAACAUCCUCGGCGGAUAUGGUAUUAUCAACACCGAAGGUGCCAUGUGGAAAGACCAAAGAAAAUUUCUUCACGAUAAGCUCAGAGGCUUUGGCAUGACCUAUAUGGGCGGUGGAAAGCAAAUUAUGGAAUCGAGAAUCAUGCGCGAGGUGAAGACGUUCCUUCGUGGAUUGGCGUCGAAACGAGGCGUACCGACGGACGUCUCGGCCUCCCUUGGAAUGUCGAUCAGCAACGUUAUAUGCUCCAUCAUAAUGGGAGUGCGUUUCCAACAUGGCGACAAUAGGUUCAAAAGGUUCAUGGACUUGAUCGAGGAGGGUUUCAAAUUAUUCGGCAGCAUGGCCGCUGUCAACUUCAUCCCCGUGAUGCGUUAUCUGCCCUGUCUGCAAAAGGUUCGCAACAAGAUAGCGGAGAACCGCGCGGAAAUGGCGGACUUCUUUCAAGAGGCGGUCGAUCAGCAUCGAGCAACGUUCGACGAAAGCACCGUGCGAGACCUUGUCGACGCGUAUCUGCUCGAGAUCGAGAAAGCGAAGGGAGAAGGUCGCGCCACUACGCUUUUCCAAGGGAAGAAUCAUGAUCGGCAGAUGCAACAGAUUCUUGGUGACUUGUUCUCCGCUGGUAUGGAAACAGUGAAGACCACGCUCGAAUGGGCGAUAAUCUUGAUGCUACAUCAUCCGGAUGCGGCGACUGCCGUGCAGGAGGAAUUGGACCAAGUGGUGGGCAAAUCGAGGAUGCCCGCCUUGGAAGAUCUACCUUUCCUUCCGAUAACAGAAGCGACGAUACUCGAGGUUCUUCGACGAUCGAGCAUAGUCCCUUUGGGAACCACUCAUGCAACGACCAGAGACGUGACGUUACACGGUUACACGAUACCGGCUGGAUCUCAGGUGGUGCCGUUGUUGCACGCGGUGCACAUGGAUCCGGAACUGUGGGACGAGCCGGAGGAGUUUCGACCGAGUCGGUUCCUCUCGGCCGAAGGUAAAGUCCAGAAACCGGAAUACUUCAUGCCGUUCGGCGUCGGCAGACGCAUGUGCCUGGGCGAUGUGCUGGCGCGCAUGGAGUUGUUCUUGUUCUUUAGCUCGUUGAUGCACACGUUCGAGCUGCGAUCGCCGCAGGGUUCGUCCUUGCCGAGCUUGCGCGGUAACGCCGGCGUCACCGUCACGCCGGACCCGUUCGAUGUUUGCCUGGUGCCGAGGAAUCUCGAUCUGAUCGAGGAUACGAGCAACGACGCGAUCGGUUCUGGUGCCAUUCUGCGGAACGUCGGCAGCCAUUGAGUUCCCUGGUUCCUCGAACGCUCCAACAAUGAUCGACGGAGCACGGUAAUCGUUCCUAACGAGACCGACACCGAGACCUGGCUCGACUUGGCCCGACUCGAUUCGAACCCGAUCCAAAUCCGAGUUUGCCUUUCUUAAGGACGAUGUUGCCGUAGUCUGUCGACGAUUUUUAGACUUCAUUCGUAAAAUAGCUAUUCUUAGUCCUCGGGCAGUAUCGCGCAGUCACGGAUGAAUACAGUAAUUUUACAGUUACAAAAUUCAUCUUGAUUGGCAACAAAGCUGGAUCCGAUCUAAAGCUAAAAGUUUCAAAAUUGAGCGGCGUGUAAUCUUGAAUUUUUAUUUGCGGCUCUCGAUGUUUCAAUGAGACUGGGUAGCAAUUUAGAGGACGAGCAAUUUGAGAUAAUUGUCGACAGAGGUUGGACAGGGAUCAGCACGGUGUACAAACGUCGUUUCUAAAGGGGCCAAUUCGAUUUCAUUCAAUUAAUACAUUCUCUAUCACAGCGUUUCUUAAUCUAUGGUCCUCAGUAACUGAAGAAGGAACGCUGGCUCCAUCAGAUUGUUUCAAGCGAAUUUCUCACACGACUCGAACGCAGUUUUGUUCGUCGUUUUUAUUGUCGUAGCAAAAGGCGAGGAUUAAGAAAACCAGUUUGUCGAUAUGAGAAUCGAACAACAGAUCUCCAGAUUUUGAAAGAGAGUUUGAGGAUAAAAUCAAAACUCGUGCACGAGUGAUAUGAUAGGGAGCCUGUUCAAUUCGAUCUUUGUCCAAGCUCAACCCUCAAGUGCUAUAGAAACAUUCAAAAUUUGGAGUAAAUAUCAAAUCCAAUCUUCCUUGCUCUAUAUGUUAACCCUCAAUCGAUAUCGUCGAACGUUUGGUCAACAGAAAUUCCGAUUAAAUCGAUUAAUUUCAAGAGUUCCGUUGAAUUUUAUUUUAAUCUUAUUAAUUCUCUCUUCAAGAUAACUACAAUACAAAAAAAAUUUUAAUAACUUGAGAAAAAUUACUACAGUUAUUACUGUUAUAAUCCAACGAUACUACUUGAGGGUUAACAAUAGAAACAUUCAGUCGAUUACAAUAAAAACACGAAUAGGAUUUCGCAGACGGUCUAUAGUGCUUAAGGGUUAACCACCCCUGCGAGGUUAUUAUUUCUUACUUCAGUUUCAUCCGUCUCCACUUCAUCUCCCUCCCCAUUUCCCCCCGUCGCAGAUGCAUUUCUUCAUUUCCCAGUUUCUGUUAUUUAAUUUUAAAUAACCCCCCCCCCCCAGCCAAGCGGCAACAUUUCGCUCCUUAUUUAUUCGCAUUUAGUCAUUAGCGUUAACAUUAGCAGAACGUGCGCAGUAUGUCGGGACAAAACCGUGUUGAAUGACGUUUCGGGAUGUUCCGCAUGUACAUAUUCAAAUGACACAGACGAGAGAGAGAGAGAGAGAGA